AUGCCUGGCGUGGAGCUCAACUUUCAGCGUGCUUCCGUCCACCUGGUCCACGACGUGAAACGCCUGGAGGACGGCGAGGACUUGAACGAUGCGCUGCUGGACUUCUUCGUGAAGCUGGGCCAGGCGCUGAUCCCCAAUGGAAGGCAGGAGACGGGCUUCAAUGCAG